UUCGUUCGGUUGUCUUACUGUCGAUUCACAAUUCGCAGAGUCACUUGUGUCCAAUCCUCCGCUCUCCACCUAUUUUUUUAGAGCAAAAAAAAAUUUUAUUUCGUUUAAUUAUAAAAAAAAAGAAAAUUCUACACAAUUUAUUACAUCCGUUCAACAUGGCACGACCACACCAGUUGACUGUGAUCUUCUCCGUCUUUUGGAUUAUUACGCAAUGCUUGGCUGAUUACUAUUCACCAGCUAAUUACGACACGUAUUACCAGGUGCCGGCCUACUAUCAGUACAGUUGGGAAGUGAAGGACGAGCCAUCCGGCAAUGAUUAUCGUCAACAGGAGACCCGCGACGGCCAUUUGACCACUGGAUUGUAUCAAGUUCUUCUACCCGGUGGCCGCCACCAGACGGUCAAUUAUAGAGUGGACAAGGACUCGGGCUUCAUGGCCGACGUCAGCUACCAGGGCGAAAACAACUAUUUCACUUUCAAGAGUAACUACCAGCAUCAGUUGUCCGACACAGACUACAUCAAAGCCCCGGCCCCGCAAGGAUCCAUCCCACCGGUCACUUACGCCAUCGACUACGCUCCGGUGGUAGCGCAACAACCGCCCGCGGCCUAUCACAACUACCCCUCAUCGUACGAUAAUUACGAGCCCCAUCGUCCGGCUUACAUCAGCUACAACUCCGCCAUUCAAAAACAACAAGAGGCAGACACGUAUUACGACGCGACGGAGAGACCUAGUUAUCCUGCCCGUCCCCAGCAAUCUUAUCCCACCCGUAACAAAUACGGAUUUGAUGAUGCACCGGCCAUCCGGACGACAACAACAACAGCCGCCCCGAUGACUAACCCGCCCGUGACGACGACCGAAGCAACGACCACGACGGCUGCGCAAAGCGACUACGAUUACGCUCAUAAACCCGAUUACUCUGUGCCGAUGUAUCCGCUCUACCGGGCGGAUUUCUAUUCCGCUCGAGCUAAGGCUGGCAAAUCUGUUGCGCAAACGCAAGAUAAUUACGGAGUCGACGAAGAAGGCUACACUUACAUCAAACCAUCGGCCAAAUAUUCGAUUCCCGAUAAAUUGGGAUCGUAUGAAAUUAAUCACCGGAAAGCCACCGCGAGGAAACCAAUGGUUUCGGAUUAUCAAGCCCCAGAAGCCCUUAUCCAAUCAAAGUGAAACGGAGGUCUUUUUUAGAAAAAAUCAAACAGAAAAGAUAAAAAC